UUCACGCUUCCUAUAAAUACCUCAUCUCAGACAGUCAGUAGGUAUCAGUACUUGUUUCAAAGUCGACGCUCUGAACAUCCUGCUCCAAGAUGAAAGCCUUCCUGCUUGUAGCUUUCUGUGCCUGCCUCAUGGCGGCCACAACUGCCGCGCCUGCCCCAGGACUGCUGUCAACUGCAGCGACGAAUCUCCAGACUACGGCCACCUCGAUUCAAACAUCUCUGACCAGCUUGCUGACGCAGAUCCAGACGGCUUUGGCGAGCAGCCCGUUAACCACUUCCGCUAAAGCGGCUCUGACCCAGCUCCAAACAACGCUCACAGGCCUUCAGUCGACUUUGACCAGCAUCGUCAGCAACGGACUGACCAGUCUGCCCACAACCCUCACCACCGGAUUGAACACCGUUGCCACGAGAGUGCAGACUGCCCUGACGAAUGCAAACACCCAGCUCAACUCGGUCAUCACGGCCGGAACCAGCGCUUCCACAUCUCUGGUCAGCCAGCUGAACACCGCAACUACCAGCCUGAACACCGCUGCCUCUUCGCUUUCCACCCAGGUGAACACGCUCCUUACCUCGCUGAGCACGCUUCUGUCCGGCCUGGUGAGUGGUCUGUCGGGUACUCUGACUGGCCUUCCGACCACCCUGACCGGAACCUUGUCUGGUCUGUUUGGUUGAAUGAGCCUGACACCACCAUUUAACGUUGAGUAUACAUUUGUUCGGAAACGGAAUAAAGAUUAGUUCUAUCGUCA